AUUGCUACUCCCAUUACCAGUGAGUGACUUUGCUGGUUUCUCAUGAUGAAUAUGACUUGGAGCUAAUGAGUCUUUCAGGCAAACUAAGACAAUUGCUGCCUUCGUUCUUUUUUCUGUCAUUGUGAUAAAAAUAACUAGACAAAACCAAAUUGAAAUAGGAAGGGUUUGUUUGCCUCAAGCAAGACCUUGAGAGAGUUAGUUGUCUUGCAUCUGUAGUCAAUAGUAGAGAACAAUGAACGAAUGCCCAUUAGCAACUUAAACAGUCCAGGAUCCAAUCUAAAGAAUGUUGCCAACAUGUUUCUAGGCUAGUUUUUACCAGGUUUGAUGAAGAAACACCCCAUAGAUGUUCCCAGAGACCCAUAUUCCCAGGUCCCCAAAGAAGAGCAGAAUGAUCCCAGUAUUUCUCAAGUAAAAGUGGACUCUAAAAAAAUGUCAGUGGAUAAAACCGGGCACCAAAAACGACUUUCACCUCGGAAAAUUCGACAAGACCAGAUUUCUCCCCUAAAUAAGACAAUUAAAUUCACCUUGGAUGUGAACUCUAGGAAACACAAAAACAUGAAAUAUACGGUCACAUAUAGGGAGACAAGUAGUUUGUAUGCAGCACUUAACACUCUCGAUGCUGCCAAAGAAGAGAUAGAAAGUCAAAAGGGCAAAGAAAUGCUGGUGUGUGGCAGAGAAGGAAUUGAAGGGUACAUAAACCCUGGCAUGCCCCUCUGCUGUUUUCCAGAAAACAGCCACAUAGUCAUUAAAUUUUGUCAGUGUAAACGUAAGACAGAAGAAACUAAACGAUUUGAACCACAAGACCAAGCAUCUACCAAUUAUGUCCGAUUUUACAUUCAUGCAAUUGGGAGAAAGAAGAAAAAGAUUCUGAAGUGUGGGGAACUUCAUAAAGAGGGGAACAAACUCUGUGUCUAUGGCUUCAAAGGAGAGACCAUCAGAGACACUCUGAGGAAGGAUGGUAGGUUUUGUUCUUUCAUAGAGAAUGACCAUUGGAAACUCAUUUAUAACCUGGACACCAUCAUAGAAAACACUCAGCCAGUUGAUGAGUUAGAGGGCAAGCUUUUUCAGGUUGCAGCUGAGCUACCAAAGAACUGUAGGGUAGUUUCUGUCACUCAGAAUUCUGAGUUAGAGAACAGAAACUUCCGUAAGCUAGAAGACUACAUUGUGAAUGAGUACCCUGCAUUGAAAACAGAAGGAGAAAACCUCAGACGAUACAUCAAGGAAGAAAGUGAAAAAAGAAAGAAGAAAGUUUCCUUAUUCAAAGUGCAUAAGGAACACUUUGGGAAAAUGAAAAACAAUUCUACUCCGGUGAAAGUGCUCAAACAUCUUUUGAGGGUCAGUGACUCAGUUGGGUUCCUGUGGUGGAACAACAAUGGAAAGGAGGGCUGUGCCACCUGCUUUGUUUUUAAAGGAUUGUAUAUUUUGACUUGUCGGCAUGUGAUAACUGACAUUGUGGGUGAAGGCGUAGAUCUAAGUAAGUGGGCAAGCAUAAUUAGUCAGUGUGUAAAGGUGACCUUUGAUUAUGAAGAGUUCCCAUUAAUAGAAGACAAGUUUUUUGAUGUUAAACCUUGGUUUGAGAUAUCUGAUGAAAACCUUGACUACGCUGUCCUGGAACUGAAGAAAAACGGACAAGAAGUACCUGCUGGAGUGUAUAAUGGAAUAGGACCUGUGCCACAUAAUGGGUUGAUUUAUAUCAUUGGCCAUCCAGAGGGAGAAAAGAAGUCUAUUGAUGGCUGUACAGUGGUCCCUCAAGAUGAUAGAGGAAGAAAAUGUCAGGAAAAUUUUCAAGAAAGAGAAGAGGCAGGUUACUGUUUUUCUAUGACUUUUAUCCAUAUGCACACACAGAGAAGCUUCCAGGAAAUGCUUCACAACCUUGAUGUGGUUACUUAUGACACCACUUUUUUUGGUGGGUCUUCUGGAUCUCCAGUGUUUGAUUCUAAUGGUUCAUUGGUGGCCAUGCAUGCUGCUGGCAUCACUUGUGCAUACCAGAGUGGAGUUUCUAGUAUCAUUGAGUUUGGUUCUACUAUGAAAUCCAUUAUUGAUAAUAUUAAGCAAAAUAAACAGUGGUUUAAUAAAAUUUUUUUUAAUGAUCAAAAUGCAGAAAUGCCGAGCACAGAUUCCUGAGGACUGGAAAGGGCUUAACCUAUUUUACAACUUUAAGGGAAUUGCCUAUGGUGUUUUUCUGCAGAAAAUAAUGUUUUAUGAACUUUCACAAUGAUUAAUUUCUCCCAAUAACGGUAGUUCUAGAUUAUGUCUUAUGUUUCAGGCAUUUUAUGGUUUAUUAAAACAAACAAAAAAAUAAAACCAUCAGCUGAACUAUUUAUGUAAGAUAACAUGAAAAAGAAGAUUAAGUACUAAUGUGGUCUCAGAGAUCCUAGUAACAGGAGAUGCUAAGAUGUGAAAAAGCUCAGACCAUAGAAACUAAAGUUGUGGACCAAAAGAUUUUGGGGAAAGAAGCCUACCAAGAUCCUGGAAACUUGAACCAAUUUCAAACUCACUCAUUUGGUUCUACCUAUAUCAAUAAGAACUUACAUACAGAAGACCAGAGGACUUAAAUUAUUUGAGAGAAAGUAGAAGGAGUAGAUGAGGCGCUUUGGGAAGGUUGCUGAGAGAUCCCACAGUUGCUUCAAUUCUUCCCUCUGUCAGAACUACGUUCUGUGUUAGAGCUAACAUGAUCCUAAUCCACAACUUCCAUCAUUUUCCAAACAUCUCCUAGUGCUACUGUGAGAUAUUUUGUGUCCCCUGCCUAAUGUAUUUUUCCCAAAGCAAAUACAGGUGAAUCACCUUUAAAAAAACAGUGUAAUAUCUGUAGUUGGUUUUGAAAUAUAAGAUGAAAGAAAUUAUUUGUAUGGCAUUCCCAUUGCUUUAGUCCAAAUACUCAUUUUCAAUAUUAUAAAGUAAUAAAUGUCAUUUUUGUAGCUGUU